AUGACCCGUUCUCUGCACCACGCACAAAAGACCCCGCCCAGGCUCCCCAAGACCUAUAUAUUGUUGCCGCAACUGCGCUGCUUCUACUUUGCUUCUCCACAGCCCCCUCUCACAUACAAGGUAAGUUCGCGCAGCACCAUGACAUACCAACAAAGACCAUGGCUUCACGGAUGCCACCCGCUUCUCCUUCAAAAUUUCCAAACUACAGCAAACCACGAGAUAGCAGCGAUUAUACAACAAACCCAACUGCUAUCUUACUCGAUUCUGGAUCCGGCGGCGACGCGGGCAUAUAACUACACCUUAUCUAUCCGUAACGGGAACCACACAUCAAAACUUCUGGUAAAGCACGACCUCCGCAACCGCGCAAAAGAGGGGGAACUUACAGCGAGGAUUCGCGCAAUUUCUGAACAAGCUACCGCUCUUAGCCGGCAAGAAACGGAGAUUGCAGCACUGAGAGAGCGCUUGCAACAAUGCACCUGCGAUGACAGUGUAACAGACACUGUGCUCCUUGAUGUUGCUGCUGUAACAGAAAACCCUGCUGACAUUUGUGGACAUUUUCAACCCUACACUGACAACAACGCAGUGGACAAACACCCAACAUCACCCUCAGCUAACUGUGAAACAACAGGAACCGCAUCUUGCACUGUAACACCAGCUUCUCCCACAAAAUUCUCAACUACAGAGAACCCUGAGAUUGCUGCAGUAAUUAACCAGAGCCAGCUUCUAUCUUAUUCCAUCAUGGACCCUGCCACCACUAGAGACUACAAUUACGCCUUGUCUCUAGAAAACGGAUAUAAGACCUGUCAUCUGCUGGUCAAGCAAGACCGCCGCCAACGUGCCCUAGAAAAAGCACUUGCGGUUAAAACACGCAUCCAUGAACACCAAACUGGCAUACUUUCUCAAAACACUCUCAUAAAAGCUGGAUUGGAAGAUCGCCUGAAAAACUGCUUUUGCAGCAAUAGUAAGUAAUGAGGUCUGCCUACUAGCUAAACUUGUUUCAAUAAUUCCAUUUACAUACAACUAUCAGUACUUUACUGUAGAUGUCACUGUCUACU